GCCCUUCCAAGUUCAGGAAGAAACUACCUGCUCCGCCAUUGACAACUUGGCACAAUGUGCCCAGCAGGACCAGUGUGAGUAAACCAGAAGGUUUUCUGCAACAUGACCCACGGGGACAGUGCAGGUCCUGUUUGCAGCCUGAAGUUUGUGACUCUCCUGGUGGUCCUAGGUCCGGAGCUCCUAUUCGUGGGAGCCGGAGUGCAGCUUCAAGAAAAUGGGUAUAAUGGAUUACUUGUUGCAAUCAAUCCUCAGGUAUCCGAGGAUCAGAACCUCAUCCCAAACAUUAAGGAAAUGAUAACUGAAGCUUCUUAUUACCUAUUCAAUGCUACCAAGAGAAGAGUGUUUUUCAGAAAUAUAAAGAUUUUAAUACCUGCCACAUGGAAAGCUAAUAAUUACAGCAAAGUAAAACAAGAAUCUUAUGAAACGGCAAAUGUCAUAGUGACUGACUGGUAUGGGGCACAUGGAGAUGAUGCAUACACCUUGCAAUACAGAGGGUGUGGAGAAGAGGGAAAAUACAUUCAUUUCACACCUGACUUUCUACUAAAUGAUGACUUAACAGCUGGCUAUGGAUCACGAGGCAGAGUGUUUGUUCAUGAAUGGGCUCAUCUCCGUUGGGGUGUGUUUGAUGAAUAUAACAAUGAGAAACCUUUCUACAUAAAUGGGCAAAAUCAAAUUGAAGUAACAAGGUGUUCAUCUGACAUCACAGGCAUUUUCUUGUGUGAAGGAGGCCCUUGCCCCCAAGAAAACUGUGUUAUUAGCAAGAUUUUCAAAGAAGGAUGCAUGUUUAUAUACAAUAGCACCCAAAAUGCAACUGCAUCGAUAAUGUUCAUGCAAAGUUUAUCUUCUGUGGUUGAAUUCUGUAAUGCAAGUACCCACACCCAAGAGGCUCCAAACCUGCAGAACCAAAUGUGCAGCCUCAGAAGUACGUGGGAUGUAAUCACAGACUCUGACGACUUUAAUAACAGUUUUCCCAUGAAAGGGACUGAGCUUCCGCCUCCUCCCACGUUCUCUCUUGUACAGGCUGGGGACAAAGUGGUCUGUUUAGUGCUGGAUGUGUCCAGCAAGAUGGCAAAGGCUGACAGACUCCUUCAACUGCAACAAGCAGCAGAAUUUUACUUGAUGCAGAUUGUUGAAAUUCAUACCUUUGUGGGCAUUGCUAGUUUUAAUAGCAAAGGGACGAUCAGAACCCAGCUACACCAAAUUAACAAUGACGACGACCGAAAGCUGCUGGUUUCGUAUCUGCCUGCCACUGUGUCAGCUGAAGCAGAAACCAGCGUCUGCUCAGGGCUGAAGAAGGGAUUUGAGAUGGUUGAAAAACUGAAUGGGAAAGCCUUCGGCUCUGUGAUGAUACUAGUGACCAGUGGAGAUGACGAGCACAUCACCAACUGCUUCCUCACUGUGCUCAGCAGUGGUUCAACUAUUCAUACCAUUGCCCUGGGUUCACCUGCGGUCAAAAACCUGGAGGAAUUAUCACAUCUUACAGGAGGUUUACAGUUCUUUGUUCCAGAUAAAUCCAACUCCAAUAGCAUGCUUGAUGCUUUCAGUAGAAUUUCCUCUGGAACCGGAGACAUUUUUCAACAACAUAUUCAGCUUGAAAGUAUAGGUGAAUAUGUUAAACCUCACCAUCAAUUGAAAAACACUGUGACUGUGGAUCACAGUGUGGGCAAUGACACUACCUUUCUAGUCACAUGGCAGACCAGUGGUCCCCCUGAGAUUGUAUUAUUUGAUCCUAAUGGAAGAAAGUACUACACAGAUGAUUUUACCACCAAUCUAGCUUUUCGGACUGCUCGCCUCUGGAUUCCAGGAACUGCUAAGCCCGGGCUAUGGACUUACACACUGAACAAUACCCAUCAUUCUUCUCAAGUCUUGAAAGUGACAGUGACCUCUGGCGCCUCCCGCUCAGCUGUGCUCCCUGCCACUGUGGAAGCCUUUGUGGAAAGAGACAGCACCCAUUUUCCCCAUCCUGUGACAAUUUAUGCAAUUGUGAGAAAGGGGUUUUAUCCCAUUCUCAAUGCCACUGUAACUGCUACAAUUGAGUCAGAGACUGCAGAUCCUGUUACGCUGAAACUUUUUGAUGAUGGAGCAGGUGCUGAUGUUAUAAAAAAUGAUGGAAUUUACUCGAGGUAUUUUUUCUCCUUUGCUGUAAAUGGUAGAUAUAGCUUGAAAGUGCGUGUCAAUCAUUCUCCCAGCAUAAGCACCUUAGCCCACUCUAUUCCAGGAAGUCAUGCUAUGUACGUACCAGGUUACAUAACAAAUGGUAAUAUUCAGAUGAAUGCCCCAAGAAAAUCGGUGGGCAGGAGAGAGGAAGAGCAAAAGUGGGGCUUUAGCCGAGUAAGCUCAGGGGGUUCUUUUUUUGUGCUGGGCGUUCCAGCUGACCCACAUCCUGAUGUGUUUCCGCCAUGCAAAAUUAUUGACCUGAAAGCUGUCAAAGUAGAAGAUGAGGUGACUUUAUCUUGGACAGCACCUGGAGAAGACUUUGAUCAGGGCCAGGCCAACAGCUAUGAAAUAAGAGUGAGUAAAAGUCUACAGAAUAUUCAAGAUGACUUUAACAAUGCCAUUUUAGUGAAUACAUCAAAGUUAAAUCCUCAGCAAGCUGGUACCAAGGAGAUAUUUACAUUGUCAUCAGAGCUUUUCACAAACGGACCUGAACAUCAACCUGAUGGAGAGACACAAAAAAGCCACAGAAUUUAUGUGGCAAUACGAGCAGUAGAUAGGAACUCCUUAAAGUCUGCUGUAUCUAAUGUUGCUCAGGCAUCUCUGUUGAUUCCCCCAAAUUCUACUCCUGUAUUUGCCAGAGAUUAUCUUAUAUUGAAAGGAGCUUUGACAGCAAUGGGUUUUACAGGAAUCAUUUGCCUCACCAUAGUUGUAACACACUGUGUUUUAAACAGGAAAAAGAGAGCAGACAAGAAAGAGAAUGAAACAAAAUUAUUAUGAACAAAUGUGCAGAGUACUUUCCUUCUUAAAUAUAAGACCUAUGGCUUUUGCACUUUACAAAAACAAGCCAAUAAAGUCAAAUUAACAUCAGAUUAUUAAAAAUGAUUUGAGUUUUUGUGUAGUAUAGAUCAGAUUUUUACAUGGUAAAUAGACAAAAAAUCUUUUAUACCACUAAUGGAGGCGGAAGGGAAUUAGAAAACAUUUAAGCUUUGGCUAUGGACAAAAAAAUAAAAGUUAUUCUCUAAGGUAAUGUGUUUAAAGGCAAAGGCAAUGGCAAAAUUGAAUCAGAGUCAAUAAAAGCUUGUCUUAUUGAAGACGAAAAAUAGCCCAAGUAGAGAAAAGGAUGUUAGGCCUGAAUGAUAUAGUAUAACUAUCUAUGUGAAGCAAUUGUGUAGUUGCUAUGAUUAAUUUUUAAUUCCCCUUUAUCUGUUCAGAACAGGUUGCUUGUUAAUGACUAAAGAUCAAGCUGUAUUUUACAUAUGAAGUGCCUAUUGUAAAGUUCUUUACUUCUUUCCAUUUGGUUAACUAUACUACAGAUAGAUCCCACUGAUAAUGCUCAAAGAGAUGUUGGUUCACUAUAAGAGUUAACCUUAAAAUGUAGGCAUUAUCCUUGUCCCCUGACACUGGUUUUAUAACAGAGGCCUAUUGAAUUUAUUGUUUAUAACUUUCUACUCUCAUCAAAGCAGCUUUCCAAGUUAUUUGCCUUGGGUGGUAUUCAAGGAAAAUGGUUAUAGUUCUCAUAAGACUUUAGGUAAAGAAUGAAAGACAUAGUUCUGAGCUUAUUUUAACACAUAUCAAUACAUAGGUUAUAUAAUUUUAUUCAAUUUCAAACAAGGAAGCAGUCACAGGGAGAGACUGACCUUUGGAAAUUAUUAACUGAUUCUGUUUUUUUUGUUUAAAUAAGACUCCAGGAAUCCUUUUCCCACAAAGGAUGAUUUACCUACAGGUAUUAACCUACAGGGGUGGAGGGUGACUAGAGAGAGGCUAGCACACGUCACAAGGAAAUAAAAAUUAUCCUUUAUUUAAUUUUGCUCUUAUUUUUUAAAGAUUACUGAGCAAUAAAAUCACAUGCUUUGCAUAUUACAGAACUUAAAACUUUAUUGGAUAAAUACAAACAACAAAGUGGAAUAGAAUUGCUUUAUAACUAGGACCAACUAAGAAUGACAAUUAGAUUAAGUUUUGGGGGGUGGGGAGGGAAUUGUGGGGAGUUGGAACAAGAAUGAAAAGAGAGCAUGAAACCUUGAGGAAGAGACUCAGAGCAGUGCUGGGGAGUAAAAUGACCAGCAAAUACCUCUACCUAGGCUGCCUCCUUGCUGUUCAUACUACAUCCCAGGUCUGGCCUGUCACAUACUGAGUCUGGCAGUGCCUAAAUCUUCACAGAUUGGAACUUCAAGUCCCCACUUGGCAGUCAGUCCCUCCUCCCUCUAUUGCCACUGAGCCUGGUAGCGUGGGAUCUGCUUCUCUGUAGCUUCAAUGGGCUGGUAAAAUACUGAGAUGGGGUGUGGUGGGUUUUAAGUCUUAAGUCUUUAAGUUUUCCUCAUUUUAUAAACAGGAAAAUGGAGGAUUAACGGAGUAAUCUAAAGCAUUGUGCUGGCUAAAGGCAGAGUAUACAGGAGUAGAGUCAGGUUGUCAUAGUGCUCCUUCACUCCUGUCUAUUUAAGAAGGUGUGGAAAGAUGCCAGGGAUUAUGCCUACAAAUAUUUAAAUCUUCAAGGUUAAUGAGCAGGAGAACAGGUCUAGGCUGAAGGAACAGGGCUUUUUUUUUUCUUUUCCUCCAAUUUUGUCAGUAUAGAAAUGAACAAAUGGCUUUAAGUCCAGAAAUCAGUAAAUUGGAAGAGGCAAGACUGAGAUUAAGGAUGUUAAAGUGAUAAACUAAAAUAUAUUAUAGCAGAGUUGAAAGGGUGUUCUCAUCAAGUGAAAAGGGUAAACAAGCUUCAGUGAUUGUGAGUGAUUGAAGCAUUAGACAACAAGAAACAUGUGGUAAAUGUGGGAAGAUAACUGAUUUCGAGACCCCAGAAAUCGUCAAUAGAACAGAGCCACUGGAAAGGAGGUGACAUUGAUCCUGAACAAAUGAUAAGGAAUAGAAAUAGACAAGAGUUGGGUCAAAGAGAACGAGGAACUGUGAAGCAUUGGUCACUAGUGGAAUACCACAUGAAUAGUGACAUCACUGAAGAUUUGAUCCAAGAUUGCAAGAGAAGGAAAAAAUAUAAGACAGAUGCUCAGUUAUCUGGGAAAGGAAAGAGAAGCCUAGGGAUUGAAGGUGACACAGGCAAGUAUUAUUAUUAUCUUCAUAUGCCAGGAUGGUUGUUGUUAUCAGUACAUAGAAAUUUGUUCUGAAAAUUGAGGACAAUAUCCCUUCCAUUUUUACCCUAUUCUUUUUAUGGAUAGUAAAAGAAAGUUAAAUCUCAGUGAGAGAGAGAAGAUUUUUAGGAGAUGAAUUCACUGAGCAGAUUGCUGUUUAUGUGUGCAAUGCUGACUGCUCCAAAAGUAUGUUUGCACCUGCAUGUUAGUACUAGAAAGUCGACCAAAAAUUAUUUUAUUUGCUUUAGGCUUUGCCUUCUGCUAUAAUGUAAUUAUUUUGGAACAGUUGGUCCCUAACUAUAUCAUUUAUUUAAAAUAAUGUGAUCAAUCCAAUUACACUAAUGUCAGAGUUGCUCAUAUCAAACUAAUCUUCUUGCUGAUAACAGUAAUAACUCUGGAAAAAAUAUAAAACACAGCUCUUUGAAGGCACUGGACACCAAGAAAAGCAGGUAGAACCUGGAGGAGUUAUGACCCUUGAAAAAAGGAAAGCAAUCUAGGUGAGAUCCACAUUUAACCAGCUUUUCCCCCAGAAGGCAUUCCCAGUUUGCUCAGAGCAUCUGGAAAGAGCUCAAGCAGAAAGCAGCAGUCUUACUGGGUUGAAAAGCCAGACAUAAGAGUUCUGGGUUGCUAAAGCAGUGGAAAAUUGAGGGAGGAAAUCCAAGGAAGGAAGCAACUACAAAAGGGAAGUUCCCAAAUCUGCAUCCUCUCAAUCCUUGGAUGAGUCCUAAACUGCAAAGGAAUUUAAUGGAAAAUAAGAGCUUAGCAGCUAAAAGAGCUGAACAGAGUUCAGCAACUGCCCAGUCCUGAGGAGAGAAAAUUUAAGGUUCAACCUCACCCAAGUUUUUUUUUUUUUGGUUUUAAAAUUUUUUAUUGAAGUAUAACAUAUAUACAGACGUGCACAAACUGUAAGUGUGCAGAUCAAUAAAUUAUCACAAGUGAACAUUCUCUGGUAAUUACACCAAAAUCAAGAAAUAGAAUAUUGCCAGAAUCUCAGAAACUUAUAUCUUAACCUCUCUCUGCAACUACCUCCUCCCCAAUGUUUACCACAGAAUGACUUUCUAGCACCAUGGCUUAGUUUUUGCCUGUUUUGAACUUCAGAUAAAUUCAAUCAUUUGGUAUG